AUGGUGCCCUCCCAUAUUCUAGCGUUUGGACUCCUGCUUGCGACGACUGCGGUGGUCACGGCUCAGGCAGAAUGUAUAUGUGAAAAGUACAAGCUGACCACAAACUGCACUAAGAAUACCAAUGGUGAUUGCCAGUGUACUUCAAUUGGUACACAAAAUACUGUCAUUUGCUCUAAAUUGGCUGCCAAAUGUUUGGUAAUGAAGGCAGAAAUGACAACCUCAAAGUCUGGAAGAAGAGUAAAACCUGAGGGGGCUAUCCAGGACAAUGACGGGCUUUAUGACCCUGACUGUGAUGAGAAGGGGCUCUUUAAAGCCAAGCAGUGCAAUGGCACAGCCAUGUGCUGGUGUGUGAACACUGCUGGAGUCAGAAGAACUGAUAAGGACUCUGAAAUAACAUGCUCUGAACGCGUGAGGACCUUUUGGAUCAUCAUUGAACUAAAACACAGAACAAGAGAUAAACCUUAUGAUGUUGCAAGCUUAGAGAGCACUCUUAAGGAUGUAAUCACACGUCGUUAUCAUCUGGAUCAAAAAUACAUCCAAAGCAUUAAGUAUGAGAAUAAUAUGAUCACUAUUGAUCUGGUACAAAAUUCUUCUCAGAAAACUCAGAAUGAAGUGGACAUAGCUGAUGUGGCUUAUUAUUUUGAAAAAGAUAUAAAAGGUGAAUCAUUGUUUCGUUCCAGUAGUAGUAUGGACCUGAGUGUAAAUGGGGAGCAGCUGGAUCUGGAUCCUGGUAAAACUUUAAUAUACUAUGUCGAUGAGAAAGCACCUGAAUUUUCAAUGCAAGGCCUAACAGCUGGAAUUAUUGCUGUCAUUGUGGUUGUGACAGUAGCAGUUGUCGUUGGAAUUAUUGUGCUGGUUAUUUCCAGAAAGAAAAGAAUGACAAAGUAUGAGAAGGCUGAGAUAAAGGAGAUGGGUGAGAUAAAUAGAAAGUGA